AUGUAUCAAUAUCUGCUUCAAUGCCGUUCAUCAUCAUUUUAUAUUCAUACACCAACACGACCAUUAAUACAAUUAAAUUGUGCUAGUUUACUUUUCGCACCACAUAAUAUCUCACAUGUUGAAUUAAUCGAACAAAUGGAACGUGUUGAUCUUUUUAAAGAACUUAAUUUAUGGAAUAAACCAUUAAUUACUUAUCCAGCUGGUUAUGUUGAUGAACAACCAUGGUCACUUCUUCCAUCUGAUAAUUUCUAUUCAAUUAGUUCAAUUCGAUUAGAAGAUCAACAAACAGAUGCUUUAGUUCCUCUUCCACCAGAAUAUCAAUCAGCAAUGAAUAAAAGACAAAAA